UGUAUAGCAUAAACGGUCUCGUCAUCAUUUUGCUAAGAUUGACGGAGAUUUUAUAACGACGAAUAAGAUGAUAAAUAACUGAAUAUAUUUUGCCUGACGUCUACAGUAGUUAAUUAGCUAACUAGCUCAACUGAGGUCGUGGUCGAUAGUUAUUGAGGUAACAUUUGCGAACUAGGACGACGUCAUCUAAGCACAUGGCCUCGACGGGGAGAAAGCAGACGAAGAAGGCGAAAAAUACACAAAAUUCAAAUGAUCUCCAUGCAUAUGAUUUUACCGUUAACGACGAAAAGAAAGGUCUUAGCGGCUCGGAGGACGAAGUGAGAGAAGGUAACGUUGGCUACCAAGCGAAAGAUGAAACUCCGGUUGUUGAGAAGCUGGCGAAGAAAAGGCCCACUGCUUUGGAAGAAGACGACAUAAAUGUGGGAAUGGGGAGUGAGGUACAAAAUAUGUUGGAAAGGUUCGGGGCUGACAUCAGUAAGGCUCUGCAGGCAAAGAGGAAGCGGCUGGAGGCCUACACCAAGAGCACCGUGAAGGGCAGCAACCAGAAGCUGGAGCAGCUGUGGAAGACCCAGCAGUGCCAGAGGCAGAAGCUGACACAGGAGUACUCCCAGCAGGUGUUCUCUGUGCUACAGCAGUGGGAGAGUGAUGUGCAGAAAUCAGAGGAACAGGAGGAGAAACUUAAUAAUUUAUUUAGACAGCAGCAGAAGCUCUUCCAGCAGGCCAGAGUUGUGCAGAGCCAGAAACUUAAGACUAUAAAACAGAUGUAUGAGCAGUUUGCCAAGAGCAUGGAGGAGAUGGAAAAGAGUCAUGAGUCCUUUCUGAUGGGAGCCCAGUCAGAGCUACGCAAAGAGAUGGGUUUACUGCAGAAAAAGAUCAUGAUGGACACACAACAGCAGGAGAUGGCAACUGUGCGCAAGUCUCUCCACUCCAUGCUAUUUUGAAGACUCCUGUCCACUUGGCAGGAUUCUGUGUCCUUCACCAGACAACGUCCAUUUGGGUGUUCCCACAAAGACACACUAUACAGCCACACCAAAGACAAUGACAGCUCAGGUGCCGCCACAGACACACUCAGUCAUCACACAUCAUAGACUUUAACAGUUCAGGUUUUAGCACCAGUUUUUACAUGGCAAAUAAUUUUAUUGUUUUUCACUCACAUUACUUUGUUAGUAUAAUGUUUCCAACACAUUAUAUUGAUGCAGAAAAUGCAAAGGCGAAACACAAUAGUGCACCGUUUUAAUGCACCACUUUCGUUCUAAGUUUGAAAACCUGUAACCUGUUAAAAUUGUUUCUAUAAAGCAAUUAAAAUGA